GCGGCUCCUGUGGCUGUCGCGAGGCUCGGGCUGUGGAGGCGGCGGGCGGCCGUGCCCGAGCUCGGGCUCGCAGGGCGGUUAGAGCGAGCGAGCGAGGCUGGGAGUAGGUGGCUGCAGAGGACCUGGCUCGGGCCGGGCCGCCAUGGGUUCCCAGGUGGUGCAGAUCCUGCGCCAGGGCGUGUGGGCGGCCCUGAGUGGCGGCUGGUACCAAGACCCUCACCAGGGCGCCGGGGUCAAUGCGCUGCACCUCUACCUGUGGCUCUUCUUGCUCGGCUUCCCCUUCACCCUCUACAUGGCUCUUCCUUCUUCUAUGGUGAUAGUUGCAAUCUACUGCCCAGUGAUAGCAGCUCUCUUCAUAGUUCUGAAGAUGGUAAAUUACCGUUUGCAUCGAGCUCUUGAUGAAGGGGAGAUUGUGGAGAGGAAUGCAAGUGAGCAUAUAGACAGGGGUGCAAAAAUGGAACAAGAUGACUCUUCUGCAAGGAGAAAGGACAGUAACGGGCCUAGUGAUCCUGGUGGAGGGAUUGAGAUGUCAGAAUUUGUUCGAGAAGUCACUCCUCCAGUUGGCUGCAGUUCACGAAAUUCCUUUGCUGGCUUAGACCUAAAUAACCAGAUCGGAUCUGGGUUAUCACGUCAUGGAACUGCAGCCACUAUUAAAGGCGAUACCGACACUGCAAAGACUUCCGAUGACAUCACUCUGAGUCUUGGACAGAGUUCCAGCCUCUGUAAAGAAGGGAGUGAAGAGCAAGAUUUGACAGCUGAUCAAAAGACUUUCCAUUUGGUCUCCAUUGAUUCCUUUGUGUCCAUCCAACCCUCGUUGUCAUCUGGACAGGAGGUGCCAAGGGACAGCAGUGACAAAGUGUGCCUCCCAAAUAAUCAGCUUGCAGAUCAGUCUCUGUCCAAUGCAUGUGACACGGAAAUGGCUUCUCUUGUCCCAUUGCACUCACACUCCUAUAGGAAAGAUCACAGACCGCGAGGAGUGCCAAGAACUUCUAGCUCUGCUGUUGCUUUUCCAGAUGUGUCACUAGGUGACUUUCCCCUUUAUCAACAGAGGAGAGGCCUUGAUCCUGUCAGUGAGCUAGAAGCUUCCAAGCCUCAAUCUGGAUCCAAAGAAUCUUUAGCUGAGAACUCCUGUAUUUCUGGAGUCUUCCAACUGGAUGAUAUUCUCAAAUGUAGCAGCCCGCAGCUGCUGUCCAAAAGCAGCAAGAGCAGAUCCUUAAAAGCAGACAAAAGUGCAGACAGUCUCAGAAGUCUGAGCACUCGAAGCAGUGGCUCAACUGAGAGCUAUUGCAGUGGGACUGAUCGCGACACAAUCAGUACUGUUAGCAGCUACAAAAGUGAGCGGACUAGCUCAACUCACAUAGAGAGUGUGUUGUCAGACCACGAUCAGUCGCCUAAAGAGGAACAGAAAAGCAGCCAGAAAAAGGACUGCUCCAUUGAGUCUGAGGAUGGCAGUUUUGCUACUGACAAAAGGACUAGUAGUGAAGGCACUGCUAUAGAAAUGAGCAUGAGCAGUUGCAUUCAAGAGAAAAGGGGUUCAAAUGCUUCAGAGGAGAUGCACAGUCAGAAGGCUCUUAGUAAUUCUGCUUCAGAAGAAGCAAAUAAGAAUCCUCAUGCAAACGAACUGAUUAUGCUAGCAGACCAAACUCCUGGGAAGCCAGCUGAGAAGAGAGAUGAACAGAAGGAGAAAUCGUCCUUGGUUGAGUCAAGAACUUGUAAGGAGAUGGUUAGCAAGCAAAAGGAGGGGGAUGUCAGACCUAAAUCGUGCAGCUUAAUCCAUCGGACCGCUUCCACUCACAAGUCCAGCAGGAGAAGAACAGGGAAAAAACGGGCUAGCAGUUUUGACACGAGUCGGCACAAAGAAUAUAUCUCUUUCCGAGGCGUCUCUGCCACCAAACCCCACAGUGCAGUUUUUUGCCAGGAUGAGGACUCAAGUGAUCAAAGUGACUUGAGCAGGACCUCAAGCAUGCAGUCAGCCCAUCAGUUCAGCAGUGAUAGCUCUUCCAGCACCACCUCCCAUUCAUGCCAGUCUCCCGAGGGGAAGUACAAUGCCCUUAAGACCAAAUACACUGCAAAAGAAAGGGACACCGACUUGGAAAGCUCUUACAAAAUCCACUUGGGCUCUGAGGGAAAUGGCAAAAAGCAUUCAACCCGACAGACUUCCAGUACAAACAGUGCCAAAAGCCGUACCCGGGUUUUAAGCUUGGACAGCAGUACUGUAGCCUGCCUGAAUGAUCCAAAUCUAAUGAUGCCAGAUACCAUGAAACAGCUAACAACUUCUAAAUCUGAUUUAGAAGCCAAAGAGGGAGAGGUGCUUGAUGAGCUAUCUCUGUUAGGACGGGCUUCCCAGCUAGAAUCAGUCACUCGCUCUCGGAAUAGCUUACCAAGCCAGGCUGUGUUUGCUGAAGGGGAUGAACACGAACAGGGAAUUGUUGCAGCACAAGCCAGUGAGGAGGUGGUCACAGUUCGUCGUGAACGCAGCACAUUUAGGCGUCAGGCAGUACGGCGCCGUCACAAUGCAGGGAGUAACCCUACCCCUCCUACAUUGCUCAUCGGCUCACCCCUCAGCCUUCAAGACGUUCAGCAAGGUCAGCAAUCCACAGCCCAACUCCAGUCCUGCCCCCAUUCCCAGGCAGCAGUGCUCAGUGCUAGCGCCUCCUUGUUGGUGAGAAAUGGGAGUGUCCACUUAGAAGCACCAUAUGACUAUGCAUCUGCUGUAGACGGUAGCAGUUUGCACAAUGAACUUGGUAAGUUCAGUUCUACACUCUACGAGACAGGGGGCUGUGAUAUGUCGCUUGUGAAUUUUGAGCCAGCUGCAAGAAGAACAUCUAAUAUCUGUGACACGGACUCUCAUGUAUCAAGUUCUACCUCAGUUCGUUUUUAUCCACAUGAUUUACUGUCCCUUCCACAGAUCAGGCUGAACAGGUUGCUGACCAUAGAUACAGAUCUCCUGGAGCAUCAAGACAUUGACCUAAGCCCUGACCUGCAUGACCACCUGCAGCCUCCAGAAGAAGCAGCCCAAAAAGUCAAACACUAUUACCGCUUUUGGAUCCUACCAAAGAUCUGGAUUGGCAUCAAUUUUGAUAGGCUAACUCUUUUGGCUUUGUUUGAUAGGAAUCGGGAGAUCUUGGAAAAUGUAUUGGCAGUCAUUCUAGCUAUUCAAGUAGCUUUCUUGGGUUCUCUGCUCCUCAUAGAAGGCUUUUUCAAGGAUAUCUGGGUCUUCCAGUUUUGCCUGGUAAUUGCAAGCUGCCAGUAUUCCUUGCUCAAGAGUGUCCAACCGGAUUCUUCUUCUCCUCGACAUGGUCAUAAUCGGAUCAUAGCCUAUAGCAGGCCUGUUUACUUUUGCAUAUGCUGUGGUCUCAUUUGGUUAUUGGAUUAUGGAAGCAGGAUCACUUUUAUGGCAAAGUUCCGUUUGUAUGGAAUGGCUUUCACUAGUCCAGUUUUGCUGGUUUCAGCAAGGGAUUUGAUUAUAGUGUUUACACUAUGCUUCCCUAUAGUGUUCUUCAUUGGGCUUCUGCCUCAGGUGAACACGUUUGUGAUGUACCUCUGUGAACAAUUAGAUAUUCAUGUCUUUGGUGGCAAUGCCACCACAAGCCUGCUUGCAGCACUUUACAGUUUUGUCUGUAGUAUUGUGGCAGUAGCAUUGUUGUAUGGAUUGUGUUAUGGUGCCCUAAAGGAUUCUUGGGAUGGUCAACAUAUUCCUGUACUGUUUUCAGUAUUCUGUGGUUUGUUAGUGGCAAUAUCCUACCACCUCAGCAGACAAAGCAGUGACCCUUCUGUGCUUUUUUCUUUAGUACAAUCAAAACUUUUUCCUACUUCAGAGGAUAAAAACCCAGAAGAUCCACUGUCUGAAGUUAAAGACCCAUUACCUGAAAAGCUUAGAAAUUCAGUGAGUGAGCGUUUGCAGUCUGAUCUUGUUGUGUGCGUAGUUAUUGGUGUACUUUAUUUUGCAAUCCAUGUCAGCACAGUAUUCACAGUAUUACAGCCCGUCUUGAGAUAUGUUCUGUAUGCAUUGGUGGGCUCAGUAGGCUUUAUAACGCAUUAUGUGCUGCCUCAGCUCCGGAAACAGCUCCCUUGGCACUGUUUUUCUCACCCAUUGCUGAAAACCAAGGAGUACUAUCAAUUUGAAGUCCGCAAUGCUGCACAUGUGAUGUGGUUUGAGAAACUUCAUAUAUGGCUUCUUUUUGUGGAGAAAAAUAUUAUCUACCCUUUAAUAGUCCUCAAUGAACUGAGCAGCAGUGCAAAGGCUAUUGCUAGUCCAAAAAGACUGGAUGCAGAGCUUGGUGCUUUAAUGAUUACCAUAGCUGGUAUGAAGCUGUUGCGCUCUUCUUUCAGCAACCCAACCUACCAAUAUGUGACUGUCCUUUUCACAGUGCUUUUCUUCACAUUUGACUACAAGCAUUUCUCAGAGACUAUGCUGUUAGAUUUGUUCUUCAUGUCCAUUCUCUUCAGUAAGCUUUGGGAGCUUUUUUACAAAUUGAGAUUUGUGUACACUUACAUUGCUCCUUGGCAAAUCACAUGGGGAUCUGCGUUCCAUGCUUUCGCCCAGCCUUUUGCUGUGCCACAUUCCGCAAUGCUGUUUGUCCAAGCAGUUGUGUCUGCUUUUUUCUCUACUCCUCUAAACCCUUUUUUGGGAAGUGCAAUAUUCAUCACUUCUUAUGUCAGACCUGUUAAAUUCUGGGAGAGAGACUACAACACAAAAAGGGUGGACCACUCAAACACCAGACUGGCUUCUCAGCUGGAUAGAAACCCAGGUUCAGAUGACAAUAACUUGAACUCAAUCUUCUAUGAACACUUAACUCGAUCUCUCCAACAUAGCCUGUGUGGAGACCUGCUGUUAGGGCGAUGGGGAAACUACAGUACUGGAGAUUGCUUUAUUCUUGCAUCUGACUACCUCAAUGCACUAGUACACCUUAUAGAAAUAGGCAAUGGCCUGGUCACCUUUCAGCUGAGGGGACUGGAAUUUAGAGGAACUUACUGUCAGCAACGAGAAGUAGAAGCUAUCACUGAGGGUGUAGAGGAAGAUGAAGGGUUUUGUUGCUGUGAACCUGGUCACAUCCCUCACAUAUUAUCAUUCAAUGCUGCCUUUGGCCAGCGUUGGCUAGCCUGGGAGGUUCUGGUCACAAAGUAUGUCUUAGAGGGCUACAGCAUUACAGACAACAGUGCUGCAUCCAUGCUCCAGGUUUUUGAUCUAAGGAAGAUUCUCACCACUUAUUAUGUCAAGGGCAUCAUCUACUAUGUCAUAUCUUCUCCCAAGCUGGAGGAAUGGUUAUCAAAUGAAACAAUGAAGGAAGGACUGCUACAGUGUGCAGACCAAACCUAUGUUGAUGUGGAUCCUACAUUUAAUCCUAAUAUUGAUGAGGAUUAUGACCAUCGUCUGGCAGGGAUCUCCAGAGAAAGUUUUUGUAUCAUUUAUCUCAACUGGAUAGAAUACUGUAGUUCUCAAAGAGAAAAGCCUUUAAAUGCAGAUAAAGAUUCCUCAUUAGUGACCCUUUGCUAUGGACUGUGUGUUCUUGGUCGGAGAGCCUUGGGGACUGCCUCACAUCAUAUGUCUAGUAAUCUGGAAUCCUUCCUGUAUGGGCUCCAUGCUUUGUUUAAAGGAGACUUUCGUAUAUCCUCAAUAAGAGAUGAAUGGAUUUUUGCAGAUAUGGAAUUGCUCAGGAAAGUGGUGGUCCCCGGAAUACGCAUGUCAUUAAAACUACAUCAGGACCAUUUCACUUCUCCAGAUGAAUAUGAUGACCCCGCUGUUCUGUAUGAAGCCAUCACAUCCCAUGAACAAAAUUUGGUUAUUGCUCAUGAGGGGGAUCCUGCUUGGCGGAGUGCCGUUCUUUCCAACUCUCCCUCCUUGCUUGCCCUUCGCCAUGUGAUGGAUGAUGGCACCAAUGAAUAUAAAAUUAUCAUGCUGAACAAGCGCUAUCUCAUCUUCAGAGUUAUUAAAGUCAAUAAGGAAUGUGUACGUGGUCUUUGGGCUGGGCAGCAACAAGAGCUGGUCUUCUUGCGUAAUCGGAACCCAGAAAGAGGGAGUAUCCAAAAUGCAAAGCAAGCUUUGAGGAACAUGAUAAACUCUUCUUGUGAUCAGCCUAUUGGCUAUCCAAUUUAUGUCUCUCCUCUAACUACUACUUACUCGGACACCCAUGAUCAGCUCAGAGAGAUCCUUGGAGGUGCCAUCAGUUUGGGAAACAUCAGGAACUUCAUAGUAUCAACAUGGCAUAGGUUAAGAAAAGGCUGUGGUGCUGGUUGCAACAGUGGGGGGAACAUUGAAGAUUCAGAUGCUGGAGGUGGAGCUUCCUGCAUAAGUAACAGCGCAAUUGCUAAUGACUCUCAAAGCAGUGUUUCUCAAAGUGGGGGAGGAGGAGGAGGAAGCACCAUGACUGCUGUGCAGGGACCUGGAGCCGGACUGCACCCUCCUAUCACAUCUCACCCUGCAACUCUAGGCACCAGCCACAGUGCUCAUUCAGUGCAGUCCAGCCUUGUCAGACAUUCCCCUGCUCGUGCUUCAGUUGCCAGCCAGUCUUCUUACUGCUACAGCAGUCGUCAUUCAUCUCUCCGCACCUCUGCUACUGGCUUUGUGCCUUGUCGACGCUCUUCCACCAGCCAGCUCUCCCUUCGUAACCUUCCAUCGUCCAUCCAGUCACGUCUGUCCAUGGUGAAUCAAAUGGAACCCCUUAGCCAGACGGGUGUUGUCAACAUACCACAUGGCCUGCCCUCAUCUAGCAGCUCCAGCCAAAGCAUCCCUGCCUGCAAACAGCAUGCCCUUGUUGGUCUUCUAGGGACAGAAGGUGUGACUAAUAUUCCGGAUGCACAGCCAGGCACUAACACAAGCCCUGUGAACCAGACGCAAACCAAAAGAGAUGAUGUUAUUUACAGAAUCCAGAUAAUGGAUCCCAGCCAGGUACUGGAGGGAAUCAAUUUGUCCAAAAGAAAGGAACUGCUAUGGCCAGAUGAGACAAUUAGGCUAAAAGCUGGAAGAAACAGUUGGAAAGACUGGAGUCCUCAGGAAGGCAUGGAAGGCCAUGUGAUUCACCGCUGGGUGCCUUGCAGCAGAGAUCCAGGAAGUAGAUCCCACAUAGACAAAACCAUCCUGCUGGUCCAAAUUGAAGACAAAUAUGUUGCUGUGAUCGAAACCGGAGUCCUAGAACUUGGAGCUGAAGUGUGAACUGCUUUGACAGUUAACUUCCAAUCACCCCUUUAAAAAUGUUUAAGAAAUAUUUCGGGGCAUUCAUGAAGAUUUUGCUAAAACUUUAAAUAUUGUUCAAGUGACAGGCGGGCUUAAACCAAGUGGAUGUGUUUCAAUAUCUGGUUCAGAAUAAGUAAGAGAGUCUCUUGGUAUUUUUCAAAAUAGCUGCUGAGAAACAUGUUUUGCAUGAAGGAUAAACAUGCUUGUUUCAUACUUUAUUUUAUGCAUUGCAAUGCUUUAAAAAAACCCAACAUUUUCCUGUUUUAAAACAUCUCAUUUUUCUAAAUGUUUUGCCAAAAAUUGCCAUGUUUUAUCAGAAAAAUAUGUAUUCCAUUCAUAUUUUUCAAACAACUGAAUAGUGUACAAAUUGAAUUAAUGUAAAAAAAAAGAAUGGAGGGAUUAUACAUGGCAGAAACAAUCAGAUUUAAAGAUUUUCAUUCCUUGCGAAUCAAAUGUCAAUGAGAAAACUGCACUAAUUUUUUAUGGCAAUGCACUAAACAAAAUCUGAGUUUGCUCAGAGCAUUUAUAUUUAUAUAUAUAUACAUAUAUAAAUAUAUAAAAAGAAUAAACUACCAUUAUUUAAAUUGCCUUUGGGAUUUACCCCCUCCCAUCAUGUCAUAUUCUCAUUAUUGGACUGUGCCAUUGGCUUGUUUUGAUAUAAUAUAAUGGAUUGCACAACAGUGCAUUUACAUUGUCCUUUUCAGAAUACCAGUUACCACUAAAGUAAAACGACAGAGAGUGCCUCUCAAGGUGAAAUCAAUCAAGUGGCAGAAGUGUGCAGAAAUUUCACUUAAAAAAAAAACAGUCAAAUGUGAAUCGGCUUUCUCCAAAUGGUAUUGGCUGAUUUCCUAUUUAGAACCAGCUAAAAUAUGCUGUUUGUGUCCUUUGGAAGAAAUCUGGUUUAUUUGAGGGAAGCUGGAUGAAGCCCAGUGUGUGUGCAAUGAGAAAGUGAUACUCUGUGUGGUAUGAGACUUCUUCCUAUUUUCAAUCAGGUGAAACAACUUGACUUUUUUUUUUUAAGAAAAGGAAAGAUGCGGGAGGCACAGCCCGACUAUCUCAUUGUUUGUACCAUUUCGCCUUUUAGCUCCCUUUAAUCUUUAUCCUUUUCUGUGACUUGAAUUUUAUUUUCAGUUAUUAUUAUAAUUAUAAUAUAUAUAUAUAUAUUCUAUAAUAACUGUAUUUUUAACUGUGAAAUUGAAUUAUGUUACAUAUCUUAGGUUUUACUGUGUUGGGUUUUCUUUUUUAGAGUGCAUUUUCAGGGAAACAAGUUACUCAAACUUCAUUGGACUGAGGAGAGGAAGCUGCAGAAUCUUACCUUGCUGCUUCUGUAACUCAUUCAACAACAUUCAUGAAAAUUGUUCAUGUAGUGAUUGUUUCCUGUGUAUGAUCUGGAACUCUGUGGGGCUAGUAGGAAGUUGUGCACAAUCCACAAGUGUAAUUUCUGGAGGCAGCCAUCUUCUCUUUACUUGUUAAAACAAUUGAUGCGUUUUUGCAAGGGAGGAGUUGCAGUGACUUCUGCACUGAAAGCAAAAUCAUUUUAUACCUAACCAAACAGUUGAAGUUCUCAUGAUCUGAGAAGUAACAUCUUAACACAAAUCAUCUCAUGCCACGCAUCAGUGUGGAACAUGUUGAAUCUAUAGUCUUGGUAAAGUAACUCACUAUGCAAAAAGUUUACACUUCCUAGCAUGGUGGGUUUCACUGCUGCAUAUACUAUCAUUCCCAUGCACAUGCAAUCAUAUAUUUCAUUUUACAUAUAUGUAUUUUAUCAGUUCUGGCCAGGCUGCUACCUGUGGACCUAAAAUUGGACCUGAACAGCCUGCAGUUCAGCACCUGAUCAUAUGGGCAUUUCUACCAAAUUACAGGCAUGAAUGUAGUCAGCUUCUAUAUUACAAGUAAUUCUUGGCUCCCUUUUUAAACAAGAGUGGCAUAUUUAUUUGUUAAUUGCUCCCAUCCUGAGUUAGCUUUCUGUACUUCCAAUGUUUAACAUCUAACUGGCAACGAACACUCCAAAAACUUGGCAUAUUAGAUGCUACUUACAAAUAGAGCCUAGAAUGUAGAAUUGAGAGGGAGAUAUGAUAAACCUUCUGGUGUAUUCAUAAUGAAUCGAUUUAUAAUUUGCUAGGUUCAGUUUUCUUGAACAAAUUAUGUGUGCUUGGUUUUCAGUUUCAUUAAUAUUGUGUAUAAAUAUCUAGUUGAGCAAUACAAGAAGAUACACAACUCUACUUUUACCAUCAAGUUUCUUCUGCCGGAAUCCUAUUAAUUUGAGAACAGAACUCUGGGAGUAUUGGUUCUUAAUACAUGAAUUUCAAAUUACUACAUAUAGAAAUUUUAUUCCUAUUUAUGUUUCUCUUUGUAUUCGGUAUGCUUGUAAAUCCAAAAGAUCAGAACACUUAUUGUGUUGAAGUAUAAUCCAUAUGAUUUUAUUGGGCAGGUUUAUUAUCAACAUCCCCAGCAAGAUUGAUAGGCACUGUAUUGAAUUCUUAAAACAUUUCUUUAUAUUGACUAUGAAGUCCUUUUAGGAAAGUUUGCCAUUCAGUACAUUGGCAAUACUGUAUGUAGCUGGUACUGUAUAAGAUUAACUUCUUUCUGAUCUGGGAAUAUGUAUCCAAAAGUCGGCAUUGAUAGAGUUCUACUAAAUAAUCUAACUACCCAACUAAGGGAUGGCACAGAAACCUGCGUAUCUUAUUAGUUAAUGUUCUGGGAAACUAAUGCAGACACUGUCCUUAACCUAAUUUUAGAUUUUUCUUCAAUUCUACACAAUUCUCCUAAAACCAAAUACUUCAGUAGUGAAUUCUACACUAAACCAUGCAAUGAAGAUGAGCCCUUGGUGCAACAGCAGAGGGAUUUUUAUUUUUUAACAAGUUCCUUACAAGUUUCUGAACUACACUCUAUCAUGGCUUUACCUCAAAUUGUCAUAUUGGUAUUAGGAAGAUUGUGUUAAGUUGAUGUGUCACAGGAAUGGUAUAGCAGAGGCCCCUGGUGAAAAAAUGUCACAAAGCUAGCUUUGACGUACUUUGUUCAGAGAUUUGACCUCCCAGUCAUGCCUACCCUUCACUCAAAGCCUUUUUUAAAAAAGGAUAACACAUCUGUCAUAUGAAAUAGAAUAAGUGGGAGAGCCUUUGUAGAAAUACUUUAUAUUGAGUCUUAGGAUUUAACCGCCAUGGUAUUAUAUACCCAAUUUUACUAAGGAUUUUUAUUUGCCUAUUAUAUAGGUUUCUAUUUGUCUGGCCUUACUUCACGUUUGAUAAUCUGGUGCCCUUUUUGCCCUAUAAUGCUAGACAGUGUAAGAAAUUAUAGCAGUAUUUAAUAUGUGCCUUACUAAAAUGGUGGGUACAUAACACCUUGGUGGGUGCUUCCGCUCUUGAUUUCUUUUUUUCACCAGAUUUUUAAAAGGCUUUUUUAAAAGAUGGCUGCUCCAAAAUGCUUCAGAGGCAUAUUGUAUCAUUCACAGGCAACAUUUAUGAACAUGCCAUUUGGAUGUUUCUACUGUGUAUUCUCCCAACCCAGUAAAAUCACUUGGUUUAUGAUGUCUACACACGAAAAUCACAGUUUGAAAAGUUAAACCUCUUAGAGUUCUUAUGAAACAAAGGCUGACAAUGGACUGCUCAUAUUUAAGAGGGGAAUUACAAUAGUGAAUAGGGAAGUAUGAACUGAGUUUGAAAUGCGACAUGGGAAAUGUACUUUGCAUCUACCAGCAUAUGAAGAUCUUGCCAGGGAUAGGGGUAUGUAUACUUGGCGUGUGUCAGUGAGUGUAUGUGUCUGCGUGUGUGUUGUUUCAAAACUGCCUUGUAAAUAUUGUAUCUGUUUAAAAUUUGGGAAAUGGAGAGGUUUGCAACAUAUUGCAUUAAAAAGACAGUAUUGACAGUGGAGAAAAGCUGAAAAAUAAAAUAAAUCUUUUUUC